ACUUUCUUGUGUAAAAUUAACAAAAUAUUGAAUUUUCUCACCACUUUUUGCACAAUGUUUUACUCCAAAUGAUCCACUAUUAUCAUUUUGAACGUUCGACGAAUUAAUAAUACUUUAAAAAAGUAAACAAACUUUGUUUUUGCUUGCAGAUAUGAUCAUUUAAAAUAAAGAUCUAGAUUAUUACAACCUUUGAGACAUCGAGGCUGGCUGAUUGAAGAAACUAAUAUUAAAUAAUAAUAAAAUAACGUUCAGAAAUAUGCUUCGAACUAGAUUAGUUCUGUUUACUUCAGUCAGAAAUAAACACAGCAAAACACAUUGGUCGCAAGUCGGCAAAAAACAGCUAGCCACGGAUCGGGCACUGGAUAACUUUGAUGAUUUCUACGGCCAGGUAUUCGGUAAUCGAUGGAAGAGCAUCCGAGUGGCUCUUCUGACCGAACACAAAUACAUGGCGAUGGUUAAUCAAUUUGGCGACACAGAAAAGACUAUUGAUGCUUUGGUAGCCGAUGGUGCUAUCAAUGUGCGGGACAUUUACAUCGCAAAAAAGCAGUUCUUGACCGAUGGAAAUAAGGACAUGUUUUCCGAGGAUAAAGUUUUCAAAUUACAACAAACGAUUGAAUCAUUCGUUGAAAACCAACAGAGACAGGAAGUUGAACGAUUGUACAAUAACGAUGCGCCAGAAACAAUGACCAAAGAUUUUGAACAGAACGAAGAGCAAGUUGCAGUAGAUUUCAACAAGUCUCUGCAUCAAGCACUGCAAGACAGUACCGAUAUGGACUUUCAACGUCUGAUAGACCCUAAUUUGGGAACAUCUGCUCUGCACGAAUUUGUACCAGCAACCAAAUUGAAGGGUAUGGAAGAUUUUGUUCUCGAAUCCGAACACUACAAGUAUUACAGUAACAGUGCAGAUUUUCCAAUAAAUAUUGAAAUGGAAACCAAUUUUGAAAUUCCUGAACAUCUGAACAUUUUUUCGUAUGAACGAGGGAAUGUUUCCGACUUUCGAACCCCGAGGAGCUGUUCCACGGGAGUUCUUUCUCAUUUUCUUUUGGACGGGGCUUCUAUUCUUCCGGCUUUGGCUUUAGAUGUUCAGCCCGGCGAUCGAGUUCUGGAUGCAUGUGCCGCCCCGGGAGGAAAGUCACUACUGCUACUGCAAACUCUUCGGCCUGGGACGCUGGUGUGCAAUGACGUUCAGGAGAGCCGUGUUAAUCGAAUCAAAAAGCUAAUGAAUAGCUAUUUUUAUGAUUUUGGGAAAAGUGGAAAAAAAGAUCGAUGCUUCAUCACACAAGCGGAUGCGCGUGAUUUGCAGGAAUACGGAAUGUACGAUCGGAUUUUGGUAGAUGUUCCUUGUACUACCGAUAGGCACUCGAUUAUGGAGAACGACAACAACAUUUUUAAACCCAGUAGAGUUAAGGAGCGUCUUCGAUUGCCAGAACUGCAGGCGGGAAUUUUAACAAAUAGCAUCAAACUUCUGAGGCCCGGUGGAACCUUGGUAUAUUCCACCUGUAGCCUCAGUCCGGUACAGAAUGAUGGUGUAGUACACAUGGCACUUAGGAAUGUUUUCAAUGAUACAGGAAUGACGUUAACGGUUAAAGACCUGAGCCUGGUGAUGAAACCAUUUUCGGAUAUCUAUAAAUUUGCUCAAUCAAAUACCCUGAAAUAUGGUCAGUUGGUGCUGCCGUUUCUCCCGGUUAAUUUCGGACCAAUGUACUUUUGUAAGUUAGUGCGUAAUAGUUAAUUUACUGUAGAAACGAUGAAUUUAACUGUAUUUGUAAAAUAGAAGAUAUGCGAAGCAACCAUUAUA